UACAGUGGUAGGGAAUAGAGCAAACAAAUUGUAACACAACACAAACUUUAGCACGAUGAGGUCGUCUAUCCCUGCAUCUAUUUUGAUCAUUUCGUCUACGGCGACGUCUUGUGCGGCGUUUUCGACGGUGUCCAUUGCAGACCAAACAAGGAGACAACAACAACACUCGUCGUGUGCUGUCUUGAGAUCUUCCUCCAGCGAAUACGAUAGCUUUUGGAAUAAUGACAUCAUCAACCGGCGUACGAUUUUAUCUACAGCAAGUGCGGUCCUUGCGUCUUCGGUAGCAGUGGCAGGCCUUCCGCUACCCGCAAGCGCUCUGGUAAAGGGCGUAGCGCCUCCACCGAAAAAAUCCGUUGGUGACAAGCCGAAAUGCACCAAUGUCGAGGAGUGCCAGGCCAUGGCCGACAAGCGAGCCGACGAGGAACGCGCCAAGGAAGAGAGCGGGCCACCUCCACUGGUCACAAAGUCGGGCCUCAAGUACCGAGACCUGGAAGCCGGAACCACCAUCCUCGACCCCGAGACGGGAGAAGACAUCAGCACUACCGCUAAAGACGGAGAUGGUGUGGAGGUUUAUUUCAAGGUUCUGAAGCUUGGCAAGCGCAGCUAUGACGGAUUGAGCGGGGAAGGCACGGUAGUGUUCUCGCGUGGUUAUGGUUUGGAAGACGACGAGAACGCCGCGGGACAAAAGUCCUUCCAAACCACGGUUGGUUCAUUCCAAAACAUUGCUGCCCUGAACGAAGCACUGGUGGGGAUGAAACCCAACGGCCUCCGGCGCUUUGCCAUUCUGCCCCAGAAGGGAUGGGAGAAAGCCACGGCGGCCUGUGACGGCGGACCGGGCGGUGGCGGUGCCGGAGGGGAAAUUCGCACCGAUUACGUAGUGGUGCCUACGGCGACCAUGGUCCAGCAGGAAGCCUGCUUCGAUACGAACAAGAUUCCCUUUCCAUCGACCUACGCGCAGCAACGGCGGAUGGCGCAACGGUUCGAUCAGUCCCUGAUCAUGGAGGUACAACUCGUCUCCAUCAAUGGAAAGCAAUAAUGACAACUGCUAUGUUGUCAAUAAUGUUGUUAAUGCUAC